GGAGAGCCUUGUCUGUUUUUCCAAGGGGUGAGGCCAGAGCACUAUCCACUGGGCUCUUUUUGUGGUGUGGAUCCUACUAACAAACAACUUCCUUCUUCCACAUGGUGCCACACUAAGAUAAAUUUUAUGCCUCAGGGGAAAUCCCCCAGUGCUGUCUAAUAACCUGCUCUUCUGUCUUUGGUCAAGUGCUGCAAGUUGACUGUGAAGCUGAGUGGUGAGUGUAGAGACAAGUGUGGGGACACUUGGUGACUUGCUGGCCCUAUGGCAGUACCAUCACUGCUCUCUGGGAGGAUUUGGUCUCCAGGUGUUUCGUCUUUGGGGAAGUGGUUGCUACCAGGCAUCCCCAAGAAUCUCCCAUGAAAGGCAUCUCAGUGGAUGGCAGCAGUGAAAUGUGGGUCCUCUGUCGCCACUAGGGCUGGGAAGUCCCUGAGUGCUGUGAAUGAUGAGAGGCUGUCCUGGGGAGCCAUGGAUGCUUCCUCAGCAUGGAGCACUGGCUUUUGGGGCUGCUGAGCUCCUGUGGGAAAUGCUUUAAGCUCGCUGAGUCAUGGGAGUCAGUGCCUGCUGUUACCAUAGAAAUCGGAUCAGCUGCUAGGGGUGGGGAGUCCUGGUCCCUGGCUCCACUGCUGCGUGGUUCCAGCAUGAGCUCAAAGUGCUGGGGAACGCAAUUUCUUGCUCCUUGUCCUGUUGAUAUCAGAGGAGGUCAGGCAGCUCUGGCAGCCCUGACCAGAGGGCAGGGAAAAUAAUUUUGCUUGGAUCUUUGCAUGGCUGCAGUGGUGGGACCCUGUGUGUCUGAUGUGUUUUUUUGAAGACCUGCUGUCUGUAUAUGUCAUGUCUUUUGUAUUUCGGGAAGCAUUGCAUUUGAUUAGCAAUAGCUUUCAGUCCUUUGGGAGCCCUGGAGAGGUGAAAACUGAUUGUAAACUGGUGAGUAGCAGAUAAGGGAGGAUAGGAAGUAAAUAAUAAGCUUGCAAUGGUCCAGAGGGAGAAGAAAACCGCUGAAUAUCCAAUUUGCUGUGCUCUCAAAAUGCAUUCUCAAGCUUGGUGGCAAGUAUAGACCUGAGCAUGGAUGUGACACAUUCCAGAGCUCAGUCUCUCAUAGGUUUUGUCCUCUGUGCUCAGUCUGAGUAACUGUUUCAUUGUUUCCUCUGCAUAAAUAUACACAUUCAAGCUCCAGGGAUGGAAGAUGCAAAACAUCGUCCCCCUCUCCAUUCUGCUAAAGGAAAUAGCUUUUCUGUGAAUAUACUUUUCACACUAAGGUGUUGUGUCUCAGAUCAUCUUUGAACCCUUUGCUCUCCUUAUAAAGCAAAGUAAGCGCAAGCGUCGCUGUGAAACAGUGCUGCAGAGACUCUUGCUGAUGCAAGGUGUCACUUGAUUUUUCUACACUUCCUCUUGGCUUGCUGCCUGCUGACCACUGAAUUACUGUCCACGUGGUCAGUGUGAGCAGUCCAGAUCUACAUAGUUGUCCUUUUUAAUGUUUCCUUGCUUACUUCCAGGAGACUGAAUUCAGAGGAUAACAGCAGCUUCCCAAGGAUUGUUCUUAAGAGUUGGUACUCUUAGGAGGUCCUGUAUGCUGUGCUAGCUCAGUCCCAGCUUUAAUGUAUCUUCUGCUUCAGAUGAGAGUGAGAAAUAUUUGCAAACAGCAGCAAACGCAGUGAGCUGUGUGUUUCUCGGACCCUUUUAAUUCUUUGGUCUGCUUAUUCCAUGCUUGGUGAAAAAUACUCAUUCAGGCAGUAUGGCCUUAAAUGAAAGAAGUGAUUCCUUGCUUCUAGCUAUUAUGUAGGAGAAAGGAUUUACUGGGUGAUGCUGAAAGGAGAUGAGGAUUCUAUGUGUGUUGUUCUCCCUGUUUUACUAGCUCCGCCUAAAAAAUUCCUGUUUUGAGGAGCUGUUCACUUCUCUGUUCAGAUCGCAGCACACUGAAGCACGCACUUCAGUGUUGUUGAGAGCUCUGGUUCUCCAUUAUGGGGAGAAGGAGGGGGGUGAUUCUUGGGAAAGCUUCCAGUACUGGGCCAACCGUGGAAACAGCCGGGCUUUGUGCCAGCCCUUCGGAGGGAGGGGGAGCUCAGAGCCAUACAGGGAGUGUAUCAGGCAGGGGCUGGUGCAGCCUGUCGCCUUCUGCAGAGUCCUGGUGCUGCUUCUGUUUCAGGAGAGAAAAACUGUUCUGCCCAGAGCUGUGGUCAAGCAGAGAUUCCUUGAGAGGUCUCUGCAGUCCGUGUUUAGACACAGCGAAAUAAACUGCGGUGUUUGGGGACCAUGGCUGCAGACCCGCUCACAGAUCUUCAGGAUGACCUGAGCUUGGAUGAUGCCAACCAGUCCCUCAGCCAGCUCAAACUGGCCCCCUCCAUAGAUGAUAAGAACUGGCCAUCAGAUGAAGUCCCUGCUUUUCCCAAAUCAGAUGACUCCAAAGGCUCCCCUGAGCCUGUCACUCACCUGCAGUGGGAUCAUCCCUACUAUGAUAUCGCCAGGCACCACAUUGUGGAAGUAGCAGACCAGGGUGCACUUGAUGGGGCCCAACCAGGUGAUGACAAAUAUGGAAGAAAAGUAAUUUUGUUCAGUGCUUGCCGGAUGCCCCCAAGUCAUCAACUAGAUCACAUGAAACUGCUGGGGUACCUGAAAUUCACACUGGACCAGUAUGUGGAGAGUGACUACACUCUGGUGUACCUGCACCAUGGCCUGACCAGUGAGAACAAGCCAUCCCUGAGCUGGUUGCGGGAUGCCUACAGGGAAUUUGAUCGCAAAUACAAGAAGAACAUCAAAGCCUUGUAUAUCGUGCACCCAACCAUGUUCAUCAAGACCCUGCUGAUACUCUUCAAGCCUCUGAUCAGUUUUAAAUUUGGACGAAAGAUUUUUUAUGUGAAUUACCUUAGUGAGCUGGAGGAGUAUGUGAAGCUGGAACAGUUGGGGAUCCCAAGCCAAGUGCUAAAGUAUGAUGAAUACCUGAGAUCCCUGCAGAAACCUUUGCAAGUGCCCCAGAAGCCAACACCCCCACGCCCACCACUACCAAACCAGCAGUUUGGAGUCUCCCUACAGCAUCUCAGGGAGAAGAGCCCUGACCAGUCUCCUGUUCCUCUGGUGGUCAGAGACACCAUUGCUCACUUGCGGGAGCAUGCUCUUAAUACAGAGGGGAUUUUCCGGAGAUCAGCAAAUACACAGGUUGUCAGAGAGGUCCAGCAAAAAUACAAUAUGGGUGUGCCUGUAGAUUUCCAGGAGUAUGAAGAUGUCCACCUCCCUGCUGUGAUUCUCAAGACCUUCUUGAGGGAGCUACCUGAGCCCCUCCUUACUUUUGGCCUCUACAGCCAUGUUGUCAGCUUCCAGAGUGUGGAGGAGAUGAAACGUGUGGAUGUUGUUCGCAAAACGCUCCAGGAUUUGCCAGAAGAAAACUACCAAGUGCUCCGUUUGCUGACGGCCUUUCUGGUGCAGGUCUCUGCUCACAGCGACAGAAACAAGAUGACAAACACCAACCUGGCAGUUGUGUUUGGCCCAAAUCUGCUCUGGGCCAAAGAUGUGGCCAUCACUCUAAAAGCCAUCAAUCCCAUCAAUACCUUUACCAAAUUCCUGUUGGACCACCAGAAGGAGCUGUUUGAGGCUGCAGAGGCCUGAACCCAGGCCAGCCCACACCUGCACACUGUGCCCACCUUCCCCUUCUUUGUCUUGGAGCUGUGACCAAGCUGUCUCCAGUGCAAAGGGACCAUUGAUCUUCUGGGUGAUGAGCAGAGUGAGGGCUGUGGAGAUGAUGGUGAAAGUGUGCAAGUAAGUGAGCAGGAGACCUGCAGCUCUGGAUGGGCAGGGGAGCUGGUCUCCCUGCUGCUGAGACUGGAGUCCUAACCCACCUGCGCAGCUUCUCCAGGGCUCAUCACCAGUCUUCUGCCCUAUCAGAUGACCUGCCUUCCUUUCCUCCUUCCCUUAUGUGCAGUUUUUCUGCCCUCCUGGUCCCUUCCUAGCACAGAUCUUUUUGUUCAAGCUCCCAAUAGCCCCAGCUCACCCCUCCUUGCCUCAGCUGGGCUGUUUGGGCUAGGGCAGGGUUGCUGGGUUUUAUGAUGGAGACAUUCUUACUGUGAGUGCCAUUUGUCAGCACUGAGCAUGCAUUCUGCCUUUCCCCAGGGGCACCUAAAGCAGGGAAGGGAGCAGCAGCCCUUGUGCUUCAGGUAGCAGCAUGUCCUGCACUUGCAACCACCACUCUAGACCCCCUGCUUUUGGCAGGCAGGUGAAGGACAGGCUCAUGGCAAUGUGCUGUUGUUAUCUGUCAGACUCCAAAACAAUGAAGCUGAGUUUAGCCCAAGCCCAGUCCCUCUGGUGUCACCCACUCCAGGUACUAUUCAGUGUUUGCUGGACUGUAGUGGGUGACUUGCCUCCUGUAGUUAUCCAGCUCAGGUGUGUUUGUCCUUCCAGCAGCACUUCCAGCCUGGCUGGGAAGGGUCAUGCCAAGCUUGGCUGUGCAUGCAGGCUAGCUGUGACCCUUUGACCACUGGUGAGUCUGAAUGGCAGGAGCAAGUGCCCUGGUGGCACUGGGCUGCUGAACACCAUGAAGAUCCCCAUCUGUCCUGGCAGCAGUAGGCCUCUUCUGGCACAUGUAUCUGUGCUGACUGGCACAGACCGCCUUGACUAGUUUUUACUUUUUGAGCAUAACUUUCCUCAGCACAAUGUAACAGAGAGCAUGGCCUUGAGGGAAGGUCUGGGGACUGGGGCUGUCCCUCACCAUGGAGUGCAGCAGGCCUGGAUUACAAAUUUCUGACCAGGUGCUGAGCACUCGUGCCAAAGCUGUGAGGGAGCAGCUAUUCCAUGCCAAGGGCUUUUGCUGUGUCUCCUCCUGGGUUCAUACCUUCCACCCUGCCAUCUGGUCAGGUGCAUGCUGUAUGCCCUGGGCACAGCUGGAGAGGUCAUGUUCUCUGCAAGGCAGGCUCAGAGUGGGGUGGUCCUGGCACCUCCCUGGAGCAGCUGCGAUACUGUCGCAGCAUCUCUGUUGGGUUUGGGUUGCCUCAUUCCCAUUACCUGAGCUAAAAGAGAUCCUUCUCCUCAGCCUGGGCCUGUCAGAGUUAAAGGAGGGAGCUUCUAGCCUUACUUCACUGGCGUGAUUUAUCUUUGUAUCGUGUGCCUGGGCCAGACCUCCUUGCUGCAUCUGGCCUCAGGGACAAAUCUUUUGGACCAAGCAGAACUGGUUUUUUAAAGCUACUGGAUGCUAAAGAUAAUUUGCUUUUUCAUAAUAUUUUAGCCUGCCUUUAAACACUGACCAGGGGUCAGUGCCCCUGGCGUAGUCAAAGUAAAUGGCAUCUGCUGCAGGAAUUAAGGAGAUUGCUCUUUUUGCUAAACUCUGGAAUGGGGAUGGGGGCAAACAUAGGCAGCUCUCCAAGGCAGUGCAGGUCUAGACAG